GAUUCAGACGCGUCAAAAUUUUUCUCGUCUUUUUCAUCACGCACGACUUUAACACACUUGUUGAAAUUUUUUUCGUAACAGUAUGAUUUUCAUCGCAAGGCCCAAAAUUAAAAUUUUAGACAAAAACAAAUUACACAUAUCGCGAAGACCAGGAUGCACCGCAUGGUUAUUGCUCAGCUUGUCGGCGUUAAUUUUCAUCGCGAUAUUUAGCCGCCUAAUAAGCAACUUGUACUUCUUGAGUAUCCUGCUUUUGGGUGAAAUCAUGUUCGGGCUGGACAAUCUUGGGGAAUGGGAGGACUUGAUAUUAUACAAGCAAGAAAACAAGGCAAUUAUCGAAAGAGCCAUUUGGAGUGACAAAUUAUGCUCUGGACAUUCCAAUGAGUUCACUUCAAUGAAACUCACUGAUAUCCGGCAUGUUGGAGUUUCUAGCGAGUUGGGCCUCUUUAUUCUCCACAAGAAUGGAAAGAUCAUUACUCUGAACGUGAGAGGCCUGACGAGAGAGGAGAUACAAAGUCUUCGGAAGGAGAUCAAUCAUUUCCUGAAUAUGAGCAGACUCAACUACCUCGAUCAUUUUCCGAUCGAUCCUUCUAAUCGGCUGUUGCUCACAUCUGACUCUGAAGACGAGUAUCUACAGAAACUGCCGAGGACGCGUUUGCCUACGUCCAACGACUUAACCGUCUCAGAUAAUGUCUUGAGCGGCGGCAAGACGUGCUGUUAUCGAAUACAGCAAAAUCUGAGUUUUCCGACUUUGUUACGUGGCACACAAUUCAACAGCUAUCCGUCGAUGAAUUUGAGAAGAGGUCCUUACACGGAGAACUCAAUGCAUCUUGAUUGCGUCGAGUAUUCGAGGAAUACUUGCGUCAUUCCCGCGUCUUGUAACUUGUCAGAGCUUAACAAAAGGUGUGAUUAAUUACAUAUCGUUCGUU